AUGUUUGCUAAUUAAAAGUAAUCCAAUAUGAUUUAUUUUAGAGUGCAUAAAGUAUUUGAAGAUUAGAUAGAUACUGAGAAUAGAGGAACAUUACUCAAUAGGAUAAAGGAAAUCAGAUUGGAAGUAGUUUAACUUAAUUAUGUUAAAGAAGUCUUAUUAUUGUAAUAUGAUGGAGAAUAAUGAUUAAUUAUUAUCAAAAACAGAAAUUACAAGAGCAAUAAAUAUUAGAGCUUGUAGAAUAAAUCGUCUGUAUUGAAAGAAUAUAGGAUGAGUAAAAUGAUGAUAAUAAAAAGUUAUCUAUAUCUUUAGAUAAAAUAAGCAUUUAAAAUAAUGAGUUGCUUUAAUAAAAUAAUUAAUUGACUUAAGACAAUUCAAAUUUAAAAGAAACUUUAAGCAAUUAAAAACUAAGAACUUUUAAAGGUAAAUAAAAGCUUGAAUAUCAGAUAUGUUCAAAUAAUAAAAUUUAUGCAGAAUAUUUCUCUAAAAUGAAGUUUAUAGAUUAAAAUUUGAUUUUAAAUAAUAGAAAAAAAAGAAAAAGUAAAUUUCUCUAAAUGUAAAGUAAGAUCACUUUUAGUUUAAAUAAAAAGAAUAAAAAUAGAAAUUCAAACAAUAAGGAUGUAUUUAUAUUUACACUAGAAGGAAAAAUUAAAGUAUUCGUGAAUUAUUUAAUAUAAAAAGUAGUUUGAGAACUUGAUAGAGAAUAAGGAGUAAGAGAAAAUAAUAAUUAAGAAAAAUUUAACUAAAAAUUUAGAAUACACUAUAAAUGGUAAAGAUAGACAGAUAUCAAGUUUGUUUUCUGAAACAAAGUAGUUUAGACUAUUUGAGAAUAAGGAGAUUAUGAAAUUUUGUAAAACGUGA